CUUCGUCGACAUUGAGGAUCAUUGAACUCGCUAGAAAUCUUGUAGUUUCGCUAUGGCGUUGCGGUUGUUUCGGCUAGUUGUGCCUUCGGGUGCAGCAGCUUGGAAACCUGUGUCGCCUAUACAAACGGCUAAAAUCCACACAAGUGCUGUCAGAAACCUGCGUUAUGGAUGGUUGGCUUACGUUAUGGGUGAGAGGGCAAGCUCCCGCUUCAAGGAAAACAGCAAAAUUAUUUCCAUUGAUGGCAACUUGGCGUCUGGAAAAGGAGUACUUGCACAAGAAUUGGCCGAAAAGCUGGGAAUGCUGUACAUGCCCGAGCCAGACACACACUAUGUGGACAAAAUGACAAAGGAGAAAGUUCCUUUAGAUCAGGCUUUUAAUGGGAACUGCUCUCUGGAGAAGUUCUACUUGGAGCCCAAAGCCAGUGAUGGAAACUCAUACCGCCUGCAGGCUUGGAUGUACCUCAUGAGGCUUCUGCAGUACUCUGAUGCUGUUGAACACCUGCUCACGACAGGACAGGGAGUUAUACUGGAACGAUCUCCUUUUAGUGACGUUGUGUUUUUGGAGGCCAUGUUCAAAGAAGGAUACAUCCGCAAGCAGUGCGUGAAUCACUAUAAUGAGAUUAAGGGUAUCAGUAUUUGUGAGUUUCUUCCCCCUCAUCUUGUCAUCUACGUGGACUCACCUGCUGAAGAGGUCCAGAAGAAGCUCAAAGCAUCAGGAAAGCCAUACCUACAGAAUGUUCCUUUGAGCUACCUGAAGAGCAUUGAGACUGCAUACAAGAAGACCUUCCUUCCUAAAAUCAGUGAAGAAGCAGAGGUUCUUACAUAUGGUGCAGUUGAAGCCCAGGACGUUGAGAAGGUUGUUGAGGAUAUUGAAUGCCUCAAGUUUCAGAAGGGCCCUUGGGUGAAUCAGAAUGAUGUCUCUUUCCAUCAUAUGCGAAUGUUGGUGGAAGACAAGCAGAGGGUAACCAGCCUGACCAGCUUUCCCAGCUUUAUCCCAGAAAUCACAAUUGGUGCUCAUGAGUUAGAUUCCACCUAUUAUGCUUUCAAAUCGCUCCCGGGAAAGAGGUACGCUGAAGGUUAUAAUGAAGAUGUCGGGGACAAAGGUAUCUGGCUGAAGUGAGGUACACGGGUGUCGCUGGAGGGAAGGACAUCUAAAAGACAGAUUUCUUGUGGUAUUAAAUCUACAUGUUCUCUGGCAAAAGAUAUAUUCUGCUCAUCUGCAGCUCAAGAUGUCUCUGUACAUUACUAUUAAAACAUUUAUUGUACUUGUUAAAA